AUGCCUCCUCCACUUCCCUCCUCCCACCGGGGGAUGACAGCAAACCCUAUCAAACCCAGUCGCUACCGUCCCGGAAAGGCAGUUCCUGAAGAUCCCUCCUCAUCAGAAGAGGAAGAAGAGGAAGAGGAUGUCGAGGCGCAAAGAGAACAAGAACGGCGCAGACAAGCCGAGGCGCAGCGCCGCAGACAGCAACCCAAAGCCAGCUCAUUCCCUGCAGCCGCAGCUGUACAAAAGCCCGAGGAAGAUGACGACGAAGAAGGAUUCGUCACAGAAGACGAAGACGACGAGGCCGCUCCGGCACCAAAAGCUGUACCGCAAACUACGACCAAUGACAUAAAACCUACAGUGGCUAAGCCCGUUUCCGCACCCACAGCAGACAGCAGCGAAGGAGAAGAGGAGGAGGAAGAAGAAGAAGAGGAAGAGGAAAGCUCCGAAGAAGAAAGUAGUUCGGAAGACGAAGCUCCAAGACGCAUGCUCAUACGACCAACAUUUAUUAAAAAGGACAAGCGCGCCACCCAAGAGUCUGCCGGCCAGACCCAGAACAAAAGUGCAGCAGACCGCGAAGCCGAAGCGGAAGCGCAUCGCGCAGCCCAGCGCAAAGAAAAAGCAGACAUUCUUAUCCGCGACCAACUCGAAAAAGAAGCAAUCGCGCGCUCCACAGCCAACAGAGCUUGGGACGACGACGAUCUCGUCGAAGCAGACGAUGAAGAAGCAAUCGAUGACAAAGACGAUAUUGAUCCCGAAGCCGAGCGCGCAGCUUGGAAACUGCGUGAAUUAAAGCGCGUCAAGCGGUCCCGGGAAGCAAUCGAAGAGGCCGAGAAAGAGCGCGAGGAGAUUGAGCGUCGGCGCAAUCUCACCGCGGAAGAGCGGGACCGGGAAGACAGCGAGUUCAUCGCGAAGCAAAAGGAAGAUCGCGAGGCUACGCGUGGUCAGACAGGCUUUAUGCAGCGCUAUUUCCACAAGGGUGCUUUCUUCCGUGGCGACCAGGAAGCGGAGGGUCUUGAUCAGCGGAAUGUCAUGGGUGCGAGGUUUGAGGAUGAUGUCAAUCGGGACACAUUGCCUCAAUACAUGCAAGUGCGCGAUAUGACGAAGCUGGGCAAGAAGGGCAGAACUCGGUAUCGUGACUUGAAGACUGAGGAUACGGGUCGAUUUGGGGAUGGGCUUGAGAAUCGGAGGAGGAGGGAUGGGCCGCCUGAGGGUGUGACUGAUGAGCGGUUCAUGCCUGACCGUGGUGAUGACCGCGACCGGGAUCGCGGGCCUACUGGUGCUAAUGCUAGUGUUGUCAGGUCGCGGUGGAGGUCGAGGUCUAGGUCUGGCUCGCCGCGGCGGGACCGGGACAGGCGUGAAAGGGAUUCAGGGAGGUAUGAUCGGAGUCGAUCUAGGGAGAGACGGAAGCGAAGCCCAUCGCCUUAUGAGGACCGGGAGAAGAGGCGGCGCGUGGAUCCAUGA